GCAGUGAAUAGAGGUGUAAUGAUUGAAGGAGUAGGCUGUAUUUUUGCUGUUCUUUUCGGAAAUGGAUGCGGCAACACUUCCUUCAGUCAAAAUCUAGGAGCAAUUGCUAUAACAAAGGUGGCAAGUCGAAGAGUUAUCAUUUUUGCUGGAAUACUUAUUACAUUCUUUGGAAUGAUUGGAAAAAUUGGAAUGCUUUUUGUCAUUAUACCUGAUCCUAUCAUGGGUGGAAUCUUCUGUGUCAUGUUUGCCAUUAUCACAGGUGUAGGUAUAUCAAACCUGCAGUACGUUAAUCUGAACUCUUCAAGAAACAUUUUCAUCAUAGGCUUUUCAUUAUUCAUGGGACUUUGCAUUCCGAGCUAUCUUCAGAAUAAUCCAGAUGCGUUGCAAACUGGAAGCGAAGUUGCUGAUCAAAUUCUUGGAAUUCUGUUGAGAACAAAUAUGUUCGUAGGAGGAUUUCUAGGAUGUUUGCUGGAUAAUACAAUACCAGCUACAGAACAAGAUAGAGGAGUUCUUGCAUGGAGAGAAAAAAAAAUGAAGAAAACCGACGAGUUUGAAGAAGCUUCUGAAGUUUAUGACUUACCUUUCGUAAUGCAAUACAUCAAAGAAGUCUCCUGCUUUAAAUAUUUACCUGUCAGUCCAACAUAUGGAAAUGAAAGUAUAAAUUUCGCAAGUGCAUGCUGUGCGACUAAAAGUGAGAAAACUUCAAAUGUGAAUAACGAGAUUGAGCUUAGAGAUGCAAAGAGUAGAAAAUGUCCAGUUUAA